AUGGCAGACUUACCAAAGUUUUUUGCCCUUAAGUCAGUCAGGAACCAGAAAUACGUGGUCCUCAAAGACCAAUCCACCGCAGAGCUGCCAAAUAGGCUCGAAGCCUCCGGAGAGGAAAGUCACAGCAAAUACGCAAGGUUCAAAGUGGAGAAGGACGUAAACCAACCCAGUCUGGUGCAUAUAAAAUCCACGUACAACGACAAAUACUUGAGAACAGCAGGCCAAGACAGUACGUGGAUUGUGGCUGAUGCUGAUGAGAAGCAGCCAAAUAAAAACCAGUGGUCAUGGUAUGUCGACGGCGUAUACCAGUUCGUCCACGUGCAAUUGGGAAACCUUGCAGAGCCAAAAUCUGGAACCGACUUCGAUGAUGCCCUCGCUGCCGAAAGUGCAAGACCCACCAAUACCCCUGCCUUCAUUGUCGAAAAACUUCCAGGAUGA